AUAGGACAUUUAUUGACAAGUCAUUGAGAUGUUUAAUUGAAGUGCGUGACAAGUUUAAUUGCAAUAUAUGUGUAUGACGUGGAUGAAUUUUAAAAUUACUUUUUAUUUUCAAUCACUGAUUUAGACAGCUAUCCACCUGACCAAUGCUUAAAUUCAGACAAUCAUGGCAGAAAACUUUUAUACACAUGUCAACUUCACUGGGGAGUCAAGUUGUGUAAAGUUUGUCCCAAAUCGAUUUAGAGCAAAUAUGUGUGUCACCUGUUCAAAGGAAAUUUCCAAGCACAACAGAAGUUCCAUUCAGAGUAAAGAGGUUUUGAUGAGGGCACUGGAGUACACCCAAUCUAUGGAUAAGUUAGGCAGUGUUAUAAUUCCAACUGAUGACACCACUGAAAGAGGCGGUUUGUAUCUUGGUGGUUACCGAGCCUCAAUUAACCAAGAGUUUCUGCAAAAUCAGCAUAUCACACAUAUUCUUAAUGUUGCCGCAGGAUUGGUGAACUUCUUUGGACCAAAGUAUGAAAAAUCUGUUAAAAAAAUUGUGAAGGAGCUGCAUAUUGAUUAUCUGACAUUAUCCUGGGACGAUGAUGCAGAGUUUGAAAUCCCUAUUGAUGACGUCAUACACGGAAUGACUUUCAUUCACAAUGCACGAACGAAUGGCAAUGUUUUCGUUCAUUGUGCUCAGGGCAAAUCUCGGUCAUCAACUAUCGUCGUGGCUUACGUUAUGGCGUUUAUGAAUCUCUCUUUGGAGAAAGCACUAGAGUUUGUACAGGAAGGAAGAAAAAUGGCACAACCGAAUCCUGGUUUUAUGAAACUUCUCGCUGGUCUUAACAACGACGAGAAAUUUAUCAGCUUUAGUCAAAAUUUAGCUGACAAACACAAUUGAAAAUUGAUUGAUAUGAGUGUGAAAGCUGAAGUUAGUAAAAGUUAGAAAUGAAUUUUGACUGUAUAUUUAGAGGACAUACUUGACAUAUG